AUGCUUCAGUGUCCAAGCGAGCUCUCAUCUUGCUUGUCACCUCAGGUCAGCCAGCGAUAUGCAACGUAAUCUGCUUCCUUGUCUGGCUCGAGCCUUGCUUGAUAUGCUUACGAUAACUAAAACCUACAGCCCCUCCAAUGCCAGGUGGUUGCCCCUCAUAUUGCGGCGAGCCGGCCAAUGACGCAGCUAUUGUUUGCUUUCUCCAAUAAAUAUUUGAUCCUCCGAUCUGCAGGCACUGGCAACGCAGGACAGUAUUGUUCCUAUUCAACAAAAGAGAACGGAAACAACGCAGCUGGAUCUACGUAACGGACUGCACAUAAUCUAGAGCCUCACAACUCGACCCAGAUAGGCUUCUUCGACCCUGUCAACCAGUCCCCAAACCUCUAUCUCUCCAAAAGCCAGAGUAUCUACGAUGUCUCCCCCAGCUAUCAUUGCGCCGUCGAUACUGAGCGCCGACUUCGCGGCACUGGGAAAAGCAUGUUCGGAUACGAUGGACCAGGGUAGUGACUGGCUCCAUGUCGAUAUUAUGGACGGCCACUUUGUACCGAACAUUACCUUUGGCGCCCCCGUCGUUACGAAGAUAAGAUCACACGUCGAACGGCCGAAGACCGCAGGUGGACGAGGGACAUUUGAUUGCCACAUGAUGAUCUCGGAGCCACACCGCUGGGCAUCCACCUUCCGCGACGCCGGCUGCGACCUCUACUGCUUCCACUACGAAGCAGCCGUGACAUCCGUCGCCGCAGCCAAACCCGAAGAUCAAGAAACCACCCGCCCGACAUCACCUAAAGAACUAAUUAAAUACAUCCACGAUCUAGGCAUGCAGGCCGGCAUCGCAAUCAAACCCGAAACCAGUGUCGAUGUACUCUGGGAUAUCCUCGAGGAUGAUAAUGCUGCGGAAAGACCUGAUAUGGUCCUUAUAAUGACAGUGCACCCGGGUUUCGGCGGCCAGAAAUUCAUGGCGAGCGAGUUGCCGAAAGUGACGGCCCUGCGGAAGAAGUACCCGAAUUUGAAUAUUGAGGUUGAUGGUGGAUUGGGCGAGGGGACGAUCGAUCAAGCGGCUGAUGCGGGUGCGAAUGUGAUCGUCGCGGGGAGUGCGGUGUUUGGGGCAAAGGAUCCGGGACACGUUGUCAGUGUGCUGAGGGAGGCUGUCGAGAAGAGAAGGGGUGGGAAGCUAUGAUUGUCAUAUACUCUUGAUUGGUGAUUGCUGGCCGCAGAAAAGGGUGUGAAAGCCUAGAAAGACCAGCCAGCGUGCU